CUCCUUUCUCCUCCUUCCCGGCUCCGAAUCCCAAAUAAAUACCAGCCAGGGGCCGAAGCCGGAGCCUUUCCAUUUUUAAACCUGCAAAAUUGCACUCUUCAGCUUUACUUCGCUGCCUAUGGCGGCGUUGCUGCGGGUCCUGUUCUUGGCCGCCGUGGCUGCGGCGGCGACGAGGGCGGAGGCGCUGAGCCUGGACGUCCACCACCGGUACUCGGCGACGGUGCGUGGGUGGGCGGGGCACGGCGCGCCGGCGGCCGGGACGGCGGAGUACUACGCGGCGCUGGCCGGGCACGACCUCCGGCGGCGGUCGCUCGCCUCCGGGGCAGGAGGGGAGCUGGCCUUCGCCGACAGCAACGACACCUACCGGCUCAACGAUUUCGGAUUCUUGCAUUACGCUGUGGUGGCGCUUGGGACGCCGAACGUGACGUUCCUGGUGGCGCUCGACACCGGCAGCGACCUAUUCUGGGUGCCCUGCGACUGCAUCAAGUGCGCCCCCCUCGUCUCCCAAAACUACGGGAAUUUGAAGUUCGACGUUUACAGCCCUCAGAAAUCGACUACUAGCAGAAAGGUCCCAUGCAGUAGCAACUUGUGUGAUCUCCAGAAUGCUUGCCGAUCAGCAAGUAACAGCUGCCCUUACAGUAUCGAAUAUUUGUCUGAUAACACGUCAUCCUCCGGGGUACUUGUUGAGGAUGUCUUGUACCUGAUAGCUGAGUCUGGUCAGCCAAAAAUUGUUACAGCGCCCAUAACAUUCGGUUGUGGACAGGUCCAGACAGGGUCAUUUUUAGGCAAUGCUGCCCCCAAUGGUCUGCUUGGGCUUGGUAUGGACAGUAAAUCAGUUCCGAGUUUGCUAGCAAGUAACGGACUUGUUGCCAAUUCCUUCUCCAUGUGCUUUGGAGAAGAUGGUCAUGGUAGAAUCAACUUUGGGGACACAGGAACCUCAGACCAGAAGGAAACUCCAUUAAAUAUUUAUAAUCAAAAUCCAUUUUACAACGUAAGCAUUACUGGAGCUAUGGUAGGAACUAAAAUGAUCUUCGCCAAGUUUAGUGCUAUUGUUGACUCUGGCACCUCUUUCACGGCUUUGUCCGAUCCAAUGUACACUGAAAUCACUAGCAGUUUCAAUUCACAAGUCCAAGACAGGCCAAGCCAACUUGGCUCUUCCCUGCCAUUUGAAUAUUGCUACUCCGUAAGUGCCAAGGGAUCUGUCAAUCCGCCAAACAUAAGUCUGACAGCAAAAGGUGGAAGCAUAUUUCCUGUCAAUGAUCCAAUAAUUACCAUAACGGACGCUGCAUCUAAUCCGAUUGGCUAUUGCUUGGCAAUUAUGAAGAGCGAGGGCGUUAACUUAAUAGGGGAGAAUUUUUUGUCUGGGCUGAAGGUUGUGUUUGAUCGAGAGAGGAUGGUCUUGGGUUGGAAAUUUUUUGAUUGUUACAGCAAAGACAGUUCAAGCAAUCUUCCAGGGAACCCAAAUCCUUUUGCUGUUCCUCCGAAACCUGCAUUAGGACCGAACAGUUACACUCCUGAGGCUGCAAAGGGUGCUUCACCCAAUGGUAUCCAAGACAAUGUAUUGCAACCUUCUGCAAGCUUUCCACAGCAGCUGCAUUUCAACAAAAGCAUCUUUAUCGCCGCCGCUCUGCUAUUCCUAGCGAUUCUUUGAUCUGCUCAAUUCCACAUAUGUUAGUCUUUUUUCUAAAAAAAAAUAUACAGCUAUAAUAGAUUUAGUUAAAGCUCCAUUACCUUGUAUUGAUUUAUGCAUAGGAUCACAUUCUUUUGGCUUGUGUCCGAAGUUUGCAGUAGGAUUUACACUUUACAGGAUAGAACACGGGAUGAGUCAUAACCUCAUAGGACAUUUUUGUUCGAUAUUUACUUGUUCGUAUAUUUUUGUAAUAAUGCACUCCACCCAGGGUUUGUGUUGAGGUGGAUGUACAUAUAUAGAUAACUUGUGGAUGUAAUGACUUCAUAGAAUAAGUGAAUAAUAAUACUGCCGUAUGCUUCACAUCGGUUCUUUA